AUGGAUACAAUUCAAUCAUUUCUACAAAGAGAGGAAAAAUUGUUUGAAAACGAAAAGGAUGCUUCGAUCCUUCAUCAACUCAAAGACUAUUGUUUGGAUUAUAUUGGAAUGAAUUCUGAGAAGGAAGAAUUUGAAACAUUGAUCAAGAAAGACAGCAAUGGUCGGUGCACUUGUGAAUUGUUGGACUCUGUGGUGAAAAGAAAAAGUGUUAAAAAGGUGAAGAUUGAUGAAAUUCCCAGCGCGUCAUCACCAACUCCCUUGUUUGAAUUAUUUCAAGAGAAGGUGGGAACGGAUGUAGAGUUGAAACUCUCAAGUGGAAAAAUUGUGAAAUGCCACAAAACAAUAUUGAGCUCCAAAAUUCCAUAUUUUGAUGCAUUAUUUUCUGGAAAUUGGAAUUCCCAAGAACAAGUUUAUGGUGAUGAAAUGGAAUUUAUCAUUGAAUAUUGUUAUGGGUUUGUCGAACAAGUUCCCAAUCCCUUGAUCAUUCCUCUCAUGAAGAAAUCACAUGAAUUUCAAUUGGAAGAAUUAUUGAAAAUAUUACAACUAGCAUUGACCAUUUCAAUGGGCAACUUUAUUGAAACUGCACAACAAUUAGAAGAAUAUUGGAAUGAACUAUCGUUUAAGGUAGCGAAGAGAAAAUUGAUUGAUUUUGGAAUAAUAAUUCAAUGGUCAUUGGACGUUCGAGAACGAUUGUUGUUGAGUUCAAAAGUGACAAAUCAAGCGUUUGAAUUCAUUCGGAAUGAAGAUGUUGAGAAUCUUCGUAACAUCUCCAAUUUAUCUUCCUUCAUCAAUGAUGAUGAUGGUGAUGGAUACACAUUAUUAUUUUAUGCUUGUUCUAUCGGAAGAAUUGAUGUAAUGAAAUUUUUAUUGACAGUGAAAGGAAUUGAUGUCAACAAAAAAUACAGAAUUGUAUGUGUUUUACAAAGUUGUGAUGUCAAGAGCGAUUUCGAAACUUUUGAUGAAACACAGUUGGGAUGGUCUCCACUUAGUGUUGCAUGUCUCAAAAAACACAUUGAAAUUGUGAAAUUAUUGUUGCAACAUCCAAACAUUCAAAUUGAUAACACGGCAAAACAAAAUGCUAAAGACAAUGGCGUUGUAGAUUUGGAGCAACUCCAAAAUGAAUUUUUGAAACAACACAAUUCUUUAUUUCCAUCAACUUCAUCUUCUCCAUUUUCACACUCAAGAGUUCCAAUGCAACAAAUCAUCGAUUCUAAUUAUUCGUAUUGGCAACAAAAUCAAUUUCAUCUUUUGAAGAAAUUUCACGACAAUGAUCAAUUAUUUGAGAGUUCUAUCAUUGCAUUUAAACCUCUUCUCUCAAAAUUGGUUCCAUCUUUUCACAAUCAAGUGUUGGAAAAUAAGAAAUUUAUUGAACUAUUGAAUGAAAAGGAAUUGAGUGUGUUGCAAUCUCUCGUUGAUUAUUUGAUUUAUGGAGGUGAAGAGUUGAAAUGUGACGGUUUUGGGAAAUGUUUGAUUGUACUAUUCUUGUUGAAUCGAGCUGAAGGUGAUUUGAUUUCUUUAAAAUCAAAAUGUGUUGAAAGAAUCAUUCAACAAGUGAAAUUUGAGAAUAUUUUGGAUACUUUAGAUAUAAUUAAUGCAAUGUUGAAGAAAGAGAGUGAAACUUUCAAAGAUUCCUCAAACAAGAAGAUGAGCAUUCUUGAAACCAUGAAAGAAUAUUGUUUGGAUUUUCUUGGAACAAAUUCUGAUCAACCAGGAUUUGAACAAUUCGUUGAGAAUGAUGAAAGAAUCAAUGAUUAUUUAAGAGUCAUCAUCAAACGCAAACAAAUCAAAGAUGUGAACAUGAAUGAAGCUCCAAACACCAACAUUUCACAAAGACCUUUGUUUGACUUGUUGAAAGAAAGUGUAAACACUGAUAUUGAAAUCAAACUAAACAAUGGAAAGAUUGUGAAAUGUCACAAAACAAUUCUGAUAUAUGAAUAUGAAGAGGAAAUGGAAUAUAUCAUUCAAUACUGUUAUGGAUUUAUGGAAAAGGUUCCUUCUCACUUGAUCAUUCCUCUCAUGAAGAAGUCACAUGAAUUUCAAUUGGAAGAGUUGUUAAAAUUUGUUCAAUCACUAUUGACAAUCACCAUUGAGAAUUUCUUUCAAGUGGCUCAAAGUUUAAAGGCACACCUUGAAGAAGACAUUAUUGAAGAGGACAGGUUUAAAGAAGUGAGAAGAAAAUUGGUUGAAUUUGGUGUCCAGAAUAGAAAAACACUUUUCCAAAGCAAGAACCGAGAACUAAUUACUUCUGUUCCUACAGAAUUGAAAGAUGAAAUCCUCAUGGCUCUUGCCAAUAAAUAA